CACCAAGGUUGAUGUCAUCCCGCCCGGAGCAUGUCAAUCCUCCCGAGAUUUUCUACGGGGAAGACGAGGCUGCCAAGUACCGCAAGUCGUCACGGAUGAUUGCGGUUCAGGCGCAGAUGUCGCAGAGAGCCAUCGAGCUGCUGAUGCUGCCCCAGGGCGAGCCGGCGCUGCUGCUGGACAUCGGGGCCGGGACUGGGCUCUCGGGCUCGGAGCUGACAGAAGAGGGCCACACGUGGAUCGGCGUGGACAUUUCGCGGGCCAUGCUGGAGCAGGCUGUCGAUCGGGGCGUUGAAGGCGAUCUGGCAGAGGCCGACAUUGGACACGGCUUGUUCUUCCGCCCGGGCACCUUCGACGGCGCCAUCUCGGUCUCUGUUCUCCAGUGGCUCUGCCAUAUCUACAAGAACGAGCACGUGCCCAAGCGCCGCCUCCGCAAGUUCUUCCAGAGCCUCUUCAACUGCCUCUCGCCUGGCGCCCGCGCCGUCUUCCAGUUUUACCCCGAGACACCGGCCCAGAUCGAGCUCAUUGUCGCCGCCGCCAUGGAGUGUGGCUUCUCGGGCGGUCUCGUCGUCGACUACCCCAACUCGAAGAAGGCCAAGAAGUACUUCCUCUGCCUCUCCGCCGGCGUCUCGGCCUACAAGCCCGAGGCACUCGGCACCGGCCCGCGCAACGCCGGCGAAGGCGUCAAAUACACCGAGAUGAAGCGCCGCGAGGCUCGGACCAAGAAGCGCCGCGGCAUCAAGGGCACUCGCGAGUGGAUCGACCGCAAGAAGACCUCCCAGCGCAACCGCGGUCUCGAAGUUCGUCGCGACUCCAAGUACACCGGCCGUCGCCGCAGGCGUGCCUUUGGCUGAUGUGGUAAACACAAGCCCCCCAA